AGCAUUCUUGGCGUGGCUGAUGAGGCAGUUGCUGAUGGGGUAAACGGCUGCGAGGAUUCUGGUGAAGAUAAAUGGUUUAGUUCGACUUGGCACGUGGCAAGUAAAAAGCCGGGUGAGAUGUCAUUUGGGCGGAAGGGGAUGGCUCAUUUUUCAAAAUGAUCAGACGAUUCUUCAACCUAGCACCAACACCAAACCUUCGAGUGUGUACUUUGAAAGAAACAAACAAUGUCGGUUUAGAUUGAUCAUCUACUACUCUAACUUUAAAGGAUCGCGGGUCGAUUCGUGAGGAGAAGGUACCGAACCGUAAGAUGGGUUACGAAAGACGAAUACUGAGGACUUUAUUGUCAAUUUCUAUAGUUUUAGCAUCAUUCGUCACAGUCUAUGGAGAAAGGGAUAACAACUUUAUGCAACAAAAGCAAUUCAGGAAUAUAGUACCAUCACCGCUUAUCCAAAAAUGGCGGGAGAAUCAGAUGGGGCCGUCAGAGGAGAAGAUCAGCAACGAAGAGUGGAAAGACGAGCUUCUUAGUAAUCUUAGAAACGUGCUUAGAAAACACAACCCAUCAUCACGAAGCAGAGACAGGACAGACAUCACCGCUUACGGCCUCCAAGAACCAUUGCCGCAGCUUCCUGCGGACGUCUCGGCUGAUCAACUUUUCAUAUUAGAGGGCGCUUCACCAAACUCACCUCUAGGAAACUACGAGGCGGAAACACCCAUCGAUGAGGACAAGAGAAACGGAUUUUUCUUUGGCAAACGGAAUGGAUUUUUCUUCGGCAAGAGAUCGGGUAGCGAAGUAUCAGCGACCAAAGUUGAUGAUGACAGGCUAUCGAAAUUCGAAUCGUCCGGAUCAUUUGAUAAGUGCAGACCAUGCGGUCCACGAAGUCAGGGAAGAUGCGUGAUGGUGGGUACAUGCUGUAGUCCACAGUUUGGCUGUUACCUGUUCACGCCCGAAGCUGCAGCUUGUAUGACCGAAGAUGUGUCCCCGUGUCAACUGAAUGCCCCUUCCUGUGGCCUUGAAGGGCAGUGUGUCGCAAAUGGCAUCUGCUGUUCUGCCGCAGAGGGCGCCUGUCACCUUGACCCGACCUGUACGUCGAUGUCAUUAAAUUGAUUUUGGGCGCAAUGGUGUCUUUUCAAAACUAAUUAUCCCGGUGUACAGUUUGUCUGACCAUGUAAUUUACUUUAGUUCAUCAUCUUUUUCGACCUAUCCACUUUUUUUGGUUCCUUAGGGAUAUGCGUUUAUCACUGUCAGCUAAAGGUUAUUAUGGCAUUCAUACGCUGAAUUUGAUAAUUGUUGUAAUUUUUGUACUCAUAUCUGAAUCCAAUGCGCUGGUAAGAAUGAUUGGGUACAGCUUAUACAACAGCAAACUUAUUGUCUGAGUCAGUACUGAUUUUAUCAUGUAUUUAAUCUUGUGUCAAACUAUGAUCGUCAUUGUAUGUAGGCUAACUGAUAGUGUUUGAUAAUGGCUUAUUUUAUAUUUUCUGAGAACAUAAUUUUAACAGGAAAACGCGGAAGUGGUUAUUAUAAUAGGAGAACGUAAUAAACUGUCAGGGGAUGACGAUCCCUUAAAAUCUUAAAAAGUGAUUAUGUUUCAUUAAACACUCCGUAAGCAAUAUAUGUCUUGUACUUAGUUAACCCAAUUUAUCACUCGGUGUUUCAACAAAGUGUGACAAAAUUUCUUAAUAUCCUACUUAAUGAUGACAAUUAACAAUUUUACAAUAAGAAUAUUUAAAAAAAGACUUUGAAUCUACGUAAACAACAGGUUAUGCAGUGUACGUGUAAAUUCGUCUGUGACUCACGACAGCCGGCAUAAAUGUAAAUACAGGUGGUUUUUAAAUGGGAUCGUUUAGACUUUGCAGAGAACUAAAUAUAAAACUUUAUUUUCCUACCCGAAUGAUCGUUAGAUGGAGUUUGAAUUGAAUGUAUUUCCUGAAAGUUAUUCUUUCUGUGUUCGUGAUGUGAUUUGCCAUCCAAGUUUUUUAAGGUUUUUUUUCACCCAUUUGAGCUCAAUUGCAUUUUUGUUAUGAUCUUGAAUCAUAACUAUCCUUAAUCGAGUGAGAACAAAGAAAAAUCAUCAAAAUAAAUGUUAGACUCACCACAGAUGCAAAACAUUUGGCGUACAGUAUUUUGCCUGUGACCAAAGGAUGAACUGCUGACAGAGAGUUCAGGUCACAUACAUAUCAAUUUUAACAAAUGAGCGUCAUUAAUGGCGAUAAGAAGAUUGAAGCGACCGGACAGCUUGGACAAGGCUGUUAAAAACUAUAUGUCAUUUUUGUUGCUCAUGCAACUUUUCACUUUACGCGCGUACAUCGU